UCUCUUUCCAACACUCGUUGGUGUAAGCUUCCGAUCAAACACGAACUAUCUAUAAAUUACGAUUACGAAUAAAUACAAUUACAAUUAUCGUUGAUAAUAAUUUUAAUCAAAGUAAGAAACUUCAAACGAUCUCAACACGAAUUCUUCUUGUCAGUGAUACGAAUUAAAACCAAAAGAAUACAAAUAAAAAAAGAAAUGAAGUUAAUCUACAAUUUCUUAGUUCUGUUAUUUGUACGAGAGGCAUUCGGUGCGGUUGCUAGGAAACCCCCAGCUUUUUCAAAUCCAGUCUAUUCGAAUGCAUAUCUUCCAGCAGCUAUGCAGGUGAUAUUUCAUGCAGUGGAUCAAUUAAAAAUAAUUCAAGCAGAAAAAACAAUGGAAACUACUAGCAUUGCUUCUACUUCUUCUUCUAUUUCUUCUACUUCAACUUUCGUACAAAUGAACGAACCUACGACAAUGGGAAUAAUCGAUGAUGAUGAUAAUACGAAAGAAACGGAAAUAAUGGAAAUGGCUGAAACAGUUACGAAAAGUUUUAAUAAUAAAAAUGAAGAAAAAUUGUAUUAUAACGUAGAAUAUCCAACAACAACUUUGGGAAGUUCGAUAAUCGAUGAUGAACAUCAAGAAUUACCAGAAUCUCAUGAGGAAACACCGGAAAUGAAUUAUGCAACUCCGGAAACGAAUUAUGAGAAAGCUGAAAUGGUCGAGAAAGAAGACACGAUAGAAAUGAAUCAAGAACUUCCGGAAAUAAAUGAAGAGGAAUCAAAUAUCGAUUCGAAAGACUUGACAUCAUCUACUACUACUACUACUACUACUAACACUAAAGUAUCUGUAGAAAACCAACCGAGCAUCGAUAGUAUAGUCGAAGGGAUUUACGAGAUUCUCAAACCCACUUCUACGGAUAUUUAUGAAGAUGGGUACGAUGAGUAUAACGAAAAUUUAAAGAAAGAAAAAAUCGAAGAAGAGAACGAUGAAAACAGGUUCAUGAUGCUAGGGGAAAAAGUGACACAAGUACCAAGGCCAAGCUUAAGCAACUACUUAAAGCGUGCCAAAGUAGAGCCUAGGGCAUCUUUAGUGCAGUUGGCAUCUCUCUACGAUGCCCUUGGGAAAGAUGCUAGAAAGCAGGGCUAUGGUAAGUACUUUGGAUACUCUAAAGAAGUCCUGCAGGUGCUCGAAACAUCAUCCGAAGGUGGUAUAGGACCCCAAUUGAAGACAUUAUUGGACAAACUUCUCGAAAGGAAUGAACUUACCAGGGAAGAUGCUAAGAACAAAACGAACAUGGUCAUACGUGAUCUUCAAGAUCCUGCUAGUGAACUUAGCAAAGAUCUUAGAAAUCUUUUACCACUUCGUUUCUCAUCUUAA